AUGAACAUGCACAGUACUGGGCAGGAGCAUUUCACUUCUUCUUCCAAUGUCCUCAGCAGAUGAGGCAGCAGUUUUCAGUUUUUUUUCUUGCUCACUUGGAAGAAGCAAAUGACCAGCAAGAACUCAAUUAGCAACAUGUCCCUUUCGGCUGGGGGUCCGAGUCGCUGCUUGUUCAGCCGCAUCAGAGAUCAAGCCAGCCUAAGUGAAGUGACAGCAAGCAAGAGAAAAGGGUGCAGGAUGUACAGCUUUAUGGGUGGAGGGUUGUUUUGUGCAGGCGUGGGGAACAUCCUCCUGAUCGUUUCCACAGCAACCGAUUACUGGAUGCAGUAUCGGCAGUCCAGCAACUACAUGCACCAGGGCCUGUGGCGCUACUGUAUGCCGGGGAAGUGCUUCCCACACAACGACAGCAUUGCCCACUUAGACGCCACCCGUGCUCUCAUGAUCCUCUCUCUUUUGGCCUGUUUCAUUGGCAUCAUCAUUGGCAUUAUGGCCUUCAUCCACUACUCCUCCUUUGACAGGUUUGACAAAACCUUUGCUGCAGGCAUAUUGUUUUUCAUCUCAUGCUUUUUAGUGUUUCUAGCGAUGGCAGUGUACACUGGUGUGACUAUUAACUACUAUGGGAAACGCUAUGGAAACUGGAGGUUCUCCUGGUCCUAUAUCAUUGGCUGGGUGUCAGUGGUGCUCACCUUCUUUUCAGGUAUCUUCUAUAUGUGUGCCUAUCGGAUGCAUGAAUGCCCCAGGAGUGCUAACUCUCAUUAG